GGAGCCGACCUUGUAAAUUUUUAAUAAGGGUUAAUUACAGCAAGGACGACUUAGUGCAGAGGAAUGAUUUAUGCAUUAUACGCCUCCCUCGAGAUGUUCGCCCUGCAAUGAUGGUGUCCACUGAAAAUGCUCCCAGGCCUUCCACUGGCAAUGCCAUUGUGGUAGACGUAGACUGAAUAAACCUGCACAUUUUCUAUGCUUCAAUUACAGUCGUAAAAUGCCAUUGCGAUCCACUUCUCAUUUCAAUCUGACAGCUUUAAGCAGAGAGGGCCAGCUGAAGGAGGCGCUACAUAUUCUGCUUACUACACACAAACCACAUGGACACUCCUCUACACAUCUUCAAUUAUUUCAGACCCGCAUUCUCAAGAACGCGCUUUUACAAGGGAAAGAAGUUUACUCUUCCAUCGCUCCCAGGGGAUUUACAUUUGCUACAUGUACUAGUUUUCAGAGCAAGCUUAUUAUCAACAUGUAUGUCAAGUGCGGAAGUUUAAUGGAUGCUCGUAAAGUGUUUGAUCACAUGAAACAACGAGACAAAGUCUCAUGGAAUAUGAUUAUUGCAGCAUACCAAAGACAUGGGUUUCCUCACGAGGCAGUCACACUGUUUCACCAAAUGCAACGAACAGGUUUCCAACCCGAUCAGUUCACCUUUGCUAGCAUACUUCCAGCCUUUGCUAAAAUCGGAGAUUUGGAACAGGGUAUGGACAUCCAUCAGAGUAUAAGAGAAGGAGGAUUUUUGUCAGAUGUUGUAGUUGCAAGUGCCCUGGUGGACAUGUAUGCGAAAUGUGGAAGCAUGGACAAAGCACUUGAACUGUUUGACGAAAUGCCACAAAGAAAUGUGGUUUCAUGGACUACAAUAAUUGUGGGAUAUGCACAAAACGGAUUUAUUGAAAAGGCAUUAGAAACGUUUAAGCAAAUGCAGCUGGCGGGUGUAAAGCCAGAUUCGUCAACCUUUUCCUGCAUCCUCCAAGCCUGUGCUCAAAUUGGAGGUUUGGAACAGGGCAUGGACAUCCAUCAAUGCACAAUUGAAAGUGGAUUUCUGUCAAAUGUUUCGGUUGCAAGUGCGCUGGUAGACAUGUAUGUAAAAUGUGGAAGCAUAGACAAGGCACGUGAAGUGUUUCACAGAAUGCCUCAAAGAGAUGUGGUUUCAUGGACUGCAAUGAUUGUAGGAUAUGCACAAAAUGGAUUUGUGGAGAAGGCUUUAGAAACUUUUAAGCAAAUGCAAUUGGCAGGUGUAAAGGCAGACUCCACAACCUUUGCCAGCACUCUCCCAAUCCUUGCCAAAAUGGGAACUUUGGAACAGAUUACGGACAUCCAUCACAGCAUUACAGAACGGGGAUUUUUGUCAAAUAUUGUAGUUGCUAGUGCUAUGGUAGAUAUGUAUGUAAAAUGUGGAAGCAUAGACAAGGCACGUGAAAUAUUUAACAAAAUGCCUCAAAGAAAUGUGGUUUCAUGGAAUGCCAUGAUUGCAGGAUAUGCACAAAAUGGAUUUGUUGAAAAGGCUUUAGAAAUUUUCAAACAAAUGCAGUUGACAGGUGUAAAUCCAGACUCCACAACCUUUGCCAGCAUCCUCCCAGCUUGUGCUAAAAUGGGAGAUUUGGAACAGGGUAUGGAUAUACAUCGAAGCAUAAUGGAAGGGGGAUUUUUUUCGGAUGUUGUAGUUGCAAGUGCCCUGGUAGACAUGUAUGCAAAAUGCGGAAACAUAGACAAGGCAUAUGAGCUGUUUGACAAAAUGUCUCAAAAAAAUGUGGUCUCAUGGAAUGUCAUGAUUGCGGGAUAUGCACAAAAUGGAUUUGUUGAAAAGGCCUUAAUUUUUUAUAAGCAAAUGCAACUGGCAACAGCAAAGCCAGACUCCUCAACCUUUGCCAGCAUCCUCCCUGCCUGUGCUCAAAUUGGAGCUUUGGAACAGGGUAUGAACAUCCAUCAAAGUAUAAUUAAAAGUGGAUUUUUGUCAGAUGCUGUAGUUGCAAGCACCCUAGUAGACAUGUAUGCAAAAUGUGGAAGCAUAGACAAAGCGUAUGAACUGUUUGACAGAAUGCCUCAACGAGACGUGGUCUCCUGGACUGCAAUGAUUGUAGGAUAUGCACAUAAUGGAUUUGUUGAAAAGGCUUUAAAAACUUUCAUGCAAAUGCAAUUGGCAGGUGUAAAGCCAGACUCUACAACCUUUGCCAGCAUCCUUCCAGCCUGUGCCAAUAUGGGAGUUCUGAAACAGGGUAUGGGCAUCCACCAAAACAUAAUUGAAAAUGGAAAUAUGUUAGAUGCGGAAGUUUCGAAUGCCCUGGUUGACAUGUAUGCAAAAUGUGGAAGCAUAGACAAGGCACGUAAAGUAUUUGACAAAAUGCCUCAUAGAAAUGUGGUCUCAUGGAAUGCCAUGAUUGCAGGAUAUGCACAAAAUGGAUUUUGCAACAAUGCUCUCAGAAUCUUUGAAUUGAUGAAGCACUCUGGAACAUAUCCUGACACUGUAAGCUUUAGUUGUGUUCUAUAUGCAUGCAGCCAUGCAGGUUUAGUUAAUGAGGGCUGUACAUACUUCAAUCACAUGAGUAACCCUCAUUACAUUACUCCUACAGUUGAUCAUUAUGUGUGCAUGGUUGACCUCAUUGCCCGUGCUGGCUAUCUUGAGGACACCCUAAAUUUUAUCAUUAAGAUGCCGGUUAAACCAGAAGCGGUUGUGUGGAUGUGUUUCCUUGGUUCUUGCAGAUCACAUAUGAGCAUAGGUUUGGGAGUAUUUACAGCAACACAAAUUUUUGAUUUGGACCCUGAAAAUGUGGCGACUUAUGUUCUUCUCUCAAACAUCUAUGCAGAAGUGGGCAGGUGGGGUGAGGUUCAAAUGGUAAGGAGUUUGAUGAAAGAUAGAGGAAUCAAGAAGAUCCCUGGAUGUAGUUGGAUUGAAGGCCAUAAAAUGGUACAUGCUUUUUGUGUAGGAGACAGAUCACACCCACAAAUACAGGAGAGGUGAUGUUCAAAUGGUAAGAAGAUUGAUGAAAGAUAGAGGAAUCAGAAGAUCCCUGGAUGUAGUUGGAUCGAAGGCCAUAAAAUGGUACACGCUUUUUGUGUAGGAGACAGAUCACACCCACAAAUACAGGAGAUCUAUGCAAAGGUGGAGAAAUUGCAUAGUUAGAUGAAGGCAGCAGGGUAUUUUCUAGAUUCAAGAAGAUCACUUAAUGAUGUGGAAGAGGAGGAAAAAAAAUUAUUUCUCUGCCACCAUAGUGAAAAGUUGGCAAUUGCAUUUGGAUUGUUAAAUACGCCUCUUGGAACAACUAUUAAAAUUGUUAAGAACCUUAGAGUAUGUGCUGAUUGUCACACUGCAACAAAAUUCAUUUUUAAGAUUGCAGCAAGAGAAAUUACUGUGAGAGAUGUGAACCGUUUCCAUCAUUUUAAACAGGGUCAAUGUUCUUGCAGAGAUGAUUGAUGAUACUAAACGAAGCAAUCUGGAAAACAAGCUUUAACUGUGACAGACCUGCAGUAAUAGUGAAGGGACAAAGAAACCUGCAUAUGUAUGAAAUAAAAAGCUGGAGGAGGAGGUGGAGAAUGAGGGAAAACCAAAGUUGAGGAACACUUCAAGUAAAUAGAAAGAUUCUUGACCGACAGAAAAUGGGAGAGGAGGGCUCACAAUCAACCCUUGCAAUUUUGUAUAGUUUUUCUAUAUUAUUUUUUGUCUGUGUCAGGUUGCCCAAUUGAGAUUAAAUUGCACAUGUCAGAUUAGGUUUGUAAUUUUAUGUGUAGAUUUAUUUUUCUAUAUCCUUUUGGUUGAUGAGAUAACUAAUAGAUUUGUCGGUUCACAAAUAUUUCGAUAUGUUUGAUUAAAGUUA